UCAAAGCUUACACCCUAUGUAAGGUAAACCUACCUGAUAUUCCUAAGCGACUUGUCUCUGCUUCCCUCCACGUGCUUAUACUAUAGUCUUGUCUUGGACCCUUAAUUACUCUUUAGCCAAAACCAUUGAAACUAAUUCUUUCUUGAUAGCGCCUAGGUUUCCUUUCCCUUGCCGUAGUAAAGAAACACAUCCGGCUUACAACGAAGCGCCCUCCCUCUCUUUCCACAUCCAUUACGCCGGUCCGGGUCUUGUGACUGAUCGUUACGACAAACCCUCAUCUUGUCUCGUCUCCUUUCCGAUUUGCGACUUUUGUUGUAAUGUCUUCCCCGCCCUGGGACUACAUCGCCAAGCUCGUCUGCAUCGGGGACUCGGGAUGCGGUAAGUCGUCUCUCACGAUCCGGCUUUGCGAGGGGCGCUUCAGCCCGCAGCACGACGUCACCAUCGGCGUGGAAUUCGGCUCUAGGAUCGUCCCGGUUGGCCCGCCGCAUUCCAAACGCUCGUCCACAUCCUCCGCGGCCGACGGGGGCCUUCCCGAACCCCCGCGCGCCUCCCCACCGCAAAAGCACAUGAAACUCUCCCUUUGGGACACGGCGGGACAAGAAACGUACAAAUCCGUAACCCGGUCCUACUUCCGCGGCGCCUCCGGCGCCCUCCUCGUCUUCGACAUAACCCGACGCUCAACAUUCGCCCACGUAACCGACUGGCUAAACGACCUACGCGCGAUCGCCGACCCCGACAUCGUGGUAAUCCUAGUCGGGAACAAGCUAGACCAAGCGCAGCCCGCCUCCGAAGACGAAGACACCCCUAACAAGCGCGAAGUAACAACCCAAGAAGCCACCGACUGGGCCCGUCGCAACGGCGUCCUGCAGUACGUCGAGACGUCGGCCAAGUCGGGCGAGAACGUCGAGGACGCCUUUAUGCGCGUCGCCGAGCGCAUCUUCGAGAACAUCAACGCCGGCAAGUACGACCUUAACGAUCGCCGCUCCGGCGUCAAGGGGCCUGGGCCCGGCGGCGCGAAGAACGUCCGGUUAUCUGCCGACGCGGGUAGGGGCAUGACGGGCGGCUGUUGUUAGUUUAGGUAGUUGUUCGGAUCGGAUAAUAUAAAGGAGAGAGGGAAGAAAUGGAAAGGAAUUAGCAAUUUGGGUUACGUGUAUCGGCAGAUAUCAUGUCAGACAUAGGGGAGUUUGACCAGGAGCACCAGACGUCCAUCUAAGGUCAGGUCCGGGUUUGCGACUGUACUGUACAUAUACUUGCACACGCUGGAGGCAUCGCAUACGCAUUCGAUGAUACCCUACGUAAUAAUGUCUACUUUGAAACAUCAACUACGAUAAGAUGGCACUUCA